UCCCUUGAAACCACCAAAAGAGGAUAGGACGAUAUUAGCCCUAACCCUUAACCUAACUUAAGUGAUCAUUUUAGUUAAAAUAAUCAGUUCAGACCUCCUGUCCUUUACAUCCGAACUGUUGAUACUGCGAUAUAAACAAACGGAGAGCUCAUGUAGAUCUAAACAGUUUUUAUUUCCUUCUAUAAGAGUUAACUGAUCUCAGUAACAGAAUAAUGACGUCAGAUUAAGUUAGAGGAUCGACUUUUCUCGGUCUUUCGAGAGAAAACAGGUGACCCCACGCACACGCACACACGCACACACACAGAGUAGCGGGAGGGGGGGGCGACGAGCCGACGGGGGGCGGGGUUGUUUGUUUUCAAACUGAACCAGAAGGAAAAGAGCAGCGAAGAUGGCGGCCGCGGCGUCCGCCGAGCGUCCCGCUGAAGCAAAGGAGAUGUGCCCGGGGAGCGGGCCUCUGCUCCGGCUCAGAUCCGCGUCCGACCCGCAGGCCCGGGCCCCCACGGGCGAGCUGAAGUGUCCGGUGGGGUGCGGGGGGGACCUUCCCGGUCCCGGGCCCGCCGCCCAGCCCCGCUGCGGACUCUCCGCCUGCCUCCGCUGCUUCCAGCGGCCAAGGAGCGGUCCCCGCUGCCGGCUGCGGGGUUCCUGGCGGCCGGGCAGCGAGACGGGCCCGGCGGUGGAGCCGGAACCCUGGGAGCCGAGCAGGAGGAGCCGCCCGGAGCGCUGCAGGAGCAGACUCGACCGGAGAAAAGACAGCUCGGAGGCGGGGUCCCAGGGCUCGCGGUGCGGGGGGAUGACCUCCGAUCAGCAGUCCAAGGUCAAGGUGAAGGCGGUCCUGUCGGACUCGGAGAACGAGGAGCCGGUCGGGAAGAGGACCCGGAACGUCUCGGGAGCGCUCAGGAAGAGCAAAACCCCGUCGGCCUUCAGAGACGCCUCCCAGAGGAGUCAGAGCUGUACUGCGUCGGUGGAAGGAGGCGGGAAGCGGCGGUUCCUCCCGCAGUCGUCCGUGAUGAACGCGGCCGGGGCGAGACACAGCUGUGUGGCGGGGAUCCUGCUGUCCUCAGAGAACAGCCCGGCCGUCUCCUCGCCCGUCAGCGGCGACCGCCGGCUGGCGUGGCGCGGCCCGACGACCUCCUUCCCCCCCCCCGCCCGGCCGGAGCGCAGUGUCAGCCCCGAGAGCAACGACAGCAUCUCGGAGGAGCUCAACCACUUCAAGCCCAUCGUGUGCUCCCCCUGCACGCCGCCCCGGCGCCUGGCCGACGGCCGGCUGCUGGAGCCCGCCGUCGUCAAGUCCACGCCGCGGAACCUGCUGCGGGGGCUGCAGAGCCCCACCAGCUACCAGGCCAGCCCAGCCGUGCUGCUCAAGUGGCGGCAGAUCGAGCUGGACCGCCAGAGCCUGAGGGUCACCUCCAAGGCCACGCUGACCUGCAGCCCGCCGGGGGCCCCGGAGGAGGGCCCCCCCGCCCAGGGAGCGUUCCCGCUGCGCGCGCGGCGCCGGGUGUUCGGGCCGGCGGGGGAACCGGGGGACCUCAAGAGGACGGCGGUGAAGGACCCGCCCGGCCCCUGGAGGAGCAGGACCCCGGGGCCCCCCCUCCCCAAAGAGACGGAGACGCAGGACCACCCGGACCCCAGGAGAGGCAAGCACACCCAGAAGACCCGGCACACGGAGCCGCCGCCGCCGGACGGGAAGAGGGCCCGGGUCCUGCUGCAGCCGGCCCCCCCCGGGGCCCCCGGGGGCCCCUUCCCCCGCGUCCCGCCGGACCUGCCGGGCCACGCCCUGGCCCUGCGUCGCCGCACGCCGCUGGCCUGUGAGCAGCAGCCGGGGGGGAAGGCCCGCGCCCCGCGCUACCUGCUGCGGCCUCGCGUGGCCAAGCAGAGCCAGCGCCGCCAGAGCCCCCGCAGACCCAAGCGGCUCUCCAGGAAGUACUGAGGCCCCGGAUGACUUGUACCCAUGAUGCAUUGCUUCCCACAGACCCUUAACAGGAACGGGCGAAUGGCUUGUGUGCUAUCAUGAUUGCUAACACCACCUCGUGGCUAACUAUGCUAGCAUAGUACCACAGUGUCUACGGACGGACACACUACAAGCCCCCCCAGGCCCUAGCGCAGACCUAGCCAAACCAGUCCCAGCAGAGUCUAAGAUAGGCCAGCCAAAGUCAGCCUAGCCUAGCAAAGCCAAAACUAGCCUCAGCGAAGCAGCAGAUUGUGAAGCAAGUCUUAUGCCGUGUUCGACUUGGUGCACUGACGCCCUACAUGAGACCUUGUUCCCACUGAGGCCAAAGUAGAACAGAUCUUGUAUCUGCUCACAUGUGACUCACAUUUCUGAACAGUGUAAACAGCACCGUCACAUGGAAUCUGUUCCAUUCUGAUCCCAAAUCAGAAUGGAACAGAUCAGCCUCCAUUUGACUUCCCUAUGCGGUAGAAGUAGUAGUGUGUAGUGUAGCCUAGCCUAGCUAGACCAAGCCUAGCUUAGCCAGACCCAGUGUAGUGUAGCCUAGCCUAGCCGAAACUGACAUAUCCUAGCCAGACCCAGUGUAGCGUAGCCAGACCUAGCGUAGCCUAGCUAGACCCAGCUUAGAUCACCCUAGCCAAUCUGUCUCUGUGAGGAGCUGUCUGCUACCCUGUGCUUAUUGGCAUGUAGCAUAUGUCAUCAGUGUGUAAAAUGGUAUUUUAUCUGUAAAUACUGGUAUGUUAUCAGUAUAUAUUCUGAUAUACAAAAUAUACAAAUGAACACGCACCUAGCAAAUCGUAUUUAUUGUUUUAAAAUUCAACAUGUGAUUCAUUGUUCUUAAUGAAACCGAAUUGUGAUGUUUUUUUAAAUGAACUUAAGCAAUAGGAGGAUGUUUUCUGAAAAAGGGCUAUUUUUUACUGUAUAAUCACAUUAUUUCGAAUUAUUGUUGAACUGUGUUCUUAAAUUUAUGCCAAACUAGCUUGACCUUGAAAUCUUUCUGAUGCAAAAUCUAUCGAGAAUGUAGAAACACCGUUUGUGUGAUACAUUAAUAUUAAUGCUGGCACAAUACGAUCUGCACAGCGCUCUUUCAUAUCUAUAUAGCCGGCGGUCGUACCCGGACAAUAAAGAAGAGCUGUCAUCUUGAGUUUGCUUUGAGUAACAUUUUCGGUUGGGCGCCAAAAUCAAAUACUAGAACUAGGUUGUUUAUUAUAUCAGAAUUACGCUGAAUGAUUACAAAAUGAAUCAAUAAAUCAUGUAUAUUAAGAUAAGGUGACACUUUGGUAUUUUGCAAUAAAAAUGGUGUAUGCUAUCUCUAAAAUAUGUAUAACGAACAGGAUAUUUGUAAUAAGGAUCCCUUAGCUUUUGGAGAUGUAUAACAGCCUCUUCAAAGAGUAUGGUCCUUCCACGGACCGCUCGCCGGGACCCGACCAGGAUCCUGAAGCCACUUCCUACAUUCGUUUGAUGCAGGGUUGACCUUUUAUAACAGGCCCUUAUUUUACCACCAGGUGUGAGUGUGAUUAGCCAUUGCACUCCGUUUCAGAGUCUGCCCUGCGCUACAUCUACAGAUCCAUCCUACAUUCACUGCUGCUAAACUGGGGUUAGUCAUUCUUCACUUAACGGGAGGGGAAUGAUCAAUGUGAUGGCAGUGUGUGGGACCUCAGGGCUCAUACUGAUCCCCUGUAGAUGGAAAAGUCCUUCAUCCAUAUACAUGCGCAUUUGUUUCGGUACCUUAAUAAUUGUUUAACAUAACUAAUAUGAAUGCAUUUGAAUCGUAAUAUAUAUUGCAGCAGAUAGUCUUCAUAUAUUUAUAAUUAGAUUAAGAAAAUACAAUACAUGCUCCUUUCAAUUGUUACUGUUAUCCCUGACGAGAGGUCUGAGGAGACGGGUCA